UUUACUUUUCAAAGAACUCUCUUUCAAACCUUUCCUCCCAGGCUUUCAGCGUAUCCAGUGUUUAUUCCAACUGUGGUGGCAGGGCUUCUUCCAUUUUAAAAUGUUUUCAAGGAUUGCCCCCUACUUAGCCACUUUUCCCUUUUGAGAGAGUUCUGAGUUAAGUGAAACAAAGGAGAGCACUAGGAAUCCAUUCCUUUGGAGAACUCUCAGGUCAAAACGGACAAACACAAUUCCUUCAGAAUUAGACCCACUCUUCUUCCAGAAGCAGAUACUCACACUGACACGUGAUCUGCUGUUUUCAAUACCACUGCCACACUCGGAGGGAGUUGGUGUAAGGCUAAGUUAAAAUACUGCAAAGCUUUCCUUCUCCUAUUGUGUUGUCAUCCUUUCCUUAAUUUUUGCUUGACUGCUCUAAAAUUUUGGCUAUUUUCCAGAGUUCGGACAAAGUUGCUUCUGACUGUAUGCAGUAAUAUUAGCCUGGCAGCAUUUUAGAGUAUGAAACUGGAAAGCUCAUUUUUCAAAAUGUGGUAUCUGAAAAUAAUAAAUGUUAAAAAGUCUAAGACUGGGAGAUUUUGUUCAAACACAGUAAAUCCAUGAACCUGACUAAUACCAGCUGGUCGGCUCCAAUUGUGUGGGAAGGCACUUUUGAUGAAGAAGUAUUGGAAAAGUAUUAUGCAAAACAUAAAAUCACUGUGGGAUUGACUGUAUUUGCUGUAGGCAGAUAUAUUGACCACUAUUUGAAGAAAUUUAUAUCAUCUGCAGAUAUGUUUUUCAUGGCUGGCCAUAAAGUCAUAAUUUAUGUUCUGAUAGAUGACUUAUCCAGGAUGCCUUGGAUACAGCUGAGUCGCCUCCGUACGAUCAAAGUAUUUGAAAUAAAGCGAGAGAAGAGAUGGCAAGACAUCAGCAUGAUGCGCAUGAAGACUAUUAGUGAACAUGUUGUGAAUCAUAUCCAGUAUGAAGUUGACUUUCUCUUCUGCAUGGACGUGGAUCAAAUCUUCAUAGGGAAAUAUGGGUUGGAGACUCUGGGGGAGUCUGUGGCUCAGUUACAUGCCUAUUGGUACAAGGAAGAUCCUAAAGAGGUGCCAUAUGAAAGGAAUGAGUCAUCAGAAGCAUAUAUACCUAUUGGUAUGGGAGAUUUUUAUUACCAUGCUGCUGUGUUUGGUGGCACUCCCAUCCAAGUACUUGAUAUUGCCAGGGAGUGCUUAAAAGGAAUCAUGAAUGACAAGAAAAACAGCAUUGAAGCAGUGUGGCAUGAUGAAAGCCACUUAAACAAGUAUUUCUUUCUCCAUAAACCUACUAAACUCUUAUCACCAGAAUAUUGCUGGGAUUAUGGUAGAAUGAAUGGUCUUUAUUAUCCAAAUAUCAAACUCUAUUGGGCCGUCAAGGAUUAUAAAAAUCUUAGGGUGAUAACAUAAUUAUAUAGCACCUUCUUCAAAUUUCUGAAAUUCAGAGCAUCUUUUUGUCUUAUUCUUUAGGAAAUCAGCACUUGAUAAAUUUUAGCACUAAAAAAGAAUCACUAACAAAAUGGCAAGACCACCAGCACUGCAUACUCACACUUUUCCUUGUAUUCAUUUUGAAUUGUAUAACAUGGGAUACAGCAGUUGCAGAAUGAAUGUAUUGACAUCAGAUAGAGAUACGUGAUUUCAUAUCCUGUGUGAAUGUCGAGUAAAUAUUAUUUUUUGGAUCACACUGAACAAAAUAAAAUCUGUCACAAGAAAAUGAAA